AAUCAGCUGUAGUUUGCUGUGAAUGUUGUUGUGACAGUCCCCGUGGUACUUAGUACUGCCCGGCGGGUCACUUUAAGCACACAAAUCCCCAUAUUUACCCCUAAGCAACACACGUGUGAGGAGAGGAGAAAGGCGCAGCGCUAAAAUCCUCCCACGGGAUUACAGAAACGUAUCAUCGCCUGAGACUGAGAGAGUGUCUCCGAAGAGCCGGUCUCACAGUGUCUCCACGUUACCGCACCUACGCAAGAUGCUGCUCGGGCGCGCCCUCCCUCUCACCCGCCAAGCACUCAACAAGGUGCCCCUACCGUCACUGGUGCGGUUCUGUUCAUCAGAAACUAGAGUCAUACGGGUCAACGGCAACCUGGAACUGCGAACGCGACAGAACGCAACAGAAAAUGACUACACGUCGACAAAACCCCUGGUGCUCAUCUUCGCUUGGAUGCUACCGCAGAGAAAACACAUGCAGAAGUUUGAGAACAUUUACCUUGCUCGCGGCUGUGACGUCAUGACCAUCAAUAUCCAGCCGCUGCAACUUAUGCUGCCGAAAACUGGAGCACAAGUCAUCGCCAGCAAGGUUGCUGAUUUUGUUCACCAGCCAGAGAACGCCCGAAGACCAUUGUUAGUUCACGCCUUCUCUGUGGGAGGUUACUUGUACAGUGAGACGUUACUGAAAUCUUUGGAAAACUCGCCAGAGGAGGGAAGUAUGAAGGAUCGCAUCAUGGGCCAAAUUUUUGACAGUCCCGUAGACUUCGGUGGGAUUCCUGACGGGUUGCCUGCAGCUAUGUUCAAGAGUCCUCUGAUUCGCGCCACCUUGCGAACACUAAUCAAGACCUACAUGGCAGUCAUGUACAAACCGGUAACUAGCAACUACAUCCGAGCAUCUGAGAUCUUCCACCACAACCCUGUCAGAUCGCCUGCGUUGUUUCUCUACUCCAAGGUUGACCCCGUCGGUACAGUGGCCUCAAUUGAACGGGCAGCGAGAACAUAUGUCAAAAAAGGAGGUCCUCCGGUGUACUAUAAAUGCUGGGACGACUCUCCCCACGUGCAGCACAUGUACAAACAUCCCAUCGAGUACGUGGAGAUCAUGGACAGCUUCCUCAGCCACCUGCCGCCCUUCGCCGGGAAGGAGGACGCCACCUUGCGGGACAACGGCAAACUUACAGCCUUCACCGCGCGGCAAUAGAGCGGAGUCGCCGGUGCUAAUUUCCGUCUCAUAUAUGGUCGUUUC